AUGAUCAACCCAUUCAGGGCCAUGGUGAACAUUAUGAAGAAAUUUAGGAGGAAGCGCAGGCUUUCAUCUGAGCUGGAUACCCGUUGGGGCGAUCCGUCCAUCAGCUAUCCAAAUGAAGGAUCCUGGAAUCAGUGGGAUCAACCAUCUGGCUUCGUUGCGAAUGCUACGAUGGGAUCACCUCGCAAUAUACAGACACAAGAGACACGGCAGGUUGUGCCCUUGGAGUCAACUCCAUCCCAAAAUCCGGGCGCAUCGAGUGACUCGGGCUAUCAAAGCUUCAAUACACGAGAGGACCAUGCUCAAUCAGCCUCCACUAUUCCCAAAGGAUACUUCAACGAAAAUAUACGGCACCGGGCUGACAAAAUACAAAGAGCUCCAGUCAAAGGGCUCGGCAUCGAUGGAACUGCCCACGAAAUGGGCAGCACAAAUGGACACACACCUCCGGAUGACUCAUGCGAUGAAGACGACGACGACGACGACGACGACGACGACGAAGAACGAGAUACCUUGGGAGACCCAAGUGGAGGACUGAUCUUCCGCAACCCGCUGACGGGAGACCCGCUACGGUAUUCCCCACGAGAGGACCAAGACCCUUAUUUUGACCGCGCCUCCAAAUCACCCCCGCUGUCCGUCACCCAACGUAUGCGCCGCUUCAGUGGACAAAGUUCCUCGACCGAGCCAUCUUCUUCUAUCGCGGGGACAGCUAGCUCUCGACGGACCAGCUAUACUGCUGCUUCGUCAGUAUCGGCACCAUCUCUUCCACCUGAUACGCCGCGAUUUGCAUUUACCAUUAGCCAUCCUGCACACGAAAAACGAUCUGCUCCCCGUCCGAGGCAUCGGGAGCCCGAGCCGCAGGCUCGGCAGGAGAUGGUCCCGUCCUAUGAUGAACUCUACGGGUGA